UCUGGGAUAAUUAUCAUGGGUACCGACAACAACCAACGUCUGUCACGUAUGGUGAGCAGUCAGCAGCAAUCAGUGGGCAGCUGCGGCUGCAGCGAGGAAGGCUCACCUGGUGCAGCUCCUGUCAUCCCCAUCUUCCUCGACGAGGUCAUCCUGCAUCUGCACAGGAUUGCAUUCACCGUCUGGCACACGGCGCUGCAUCUCCAACAGGAGCACGCCAGGCAGACGGCAUGCGUUGACUACUGCGACGGAUAUCGAUAUCAUGCGAACGAUACUCCGAGCCGAACCCCCGUGAAGCAAAGAUCGAGUCCUGGCAGCGUGUGUUCGUCGCGACGCAGCCGGUCGCGGGACUCAGGCGGCAUGGACCUGAGCUAUGUGACAGAGCGCAUCAUCGCCCUCUGGUUCCCACCCGACCUCAGCGCCAAUGCAUUCAGGCAAGGUCAACAGCAGGCCGCUCACAUGCUGCAUAGCAAGCAUGCCAACAGUUACAUGGUGUUCAACUUGUCGGAACCGCGACGCGCGACACGGAGCCAGCACGAGCGCGUGCGUGAGUUGGGGUGGCCGGCCGACUUGGCUCCUCCCCUCGAGCGACUCUGCAGCGUCUGCAAGGAGAUAGAUGAUUGGCUCAGUGGCGACAAGCAGCGAAUCGCUGUGCUACAUGCUAGGGGCCAGAAAGAACGUAUUGGAGUGGUGGUGGCUGCCUACAUGCAUUACUCGAACAUCUGUGGCAGUGCCGACCAGGCUCUCGAUCGAUUCGCCAUGAAACGAUUCCUCGAUGACAAAAUUGGAGAUUUCGAGCAGCCAUCACACCGAAGAUACAUAGACUACUUCUCGGGCCUGCUGUCGGGCAACAUCCGGAUCAACUCGGCGCCUCUCUAUCUGACACACGUGACGGUGCUGGGGGCGCCGGCCUUCGAUGGGGGUGGUGGCUCAGCGGGUGGAUGCCGCGCCUUUGUCAAGGUGUACGAGGGGCUGGUGCCUGUCUACACGUCAGGCGUCCACUCGGUGUCCGGCGACACGCGUCAGUUCACCGUCAACGUGGCCGGUGAACGGCGGCGCGGUCUCCAGCUCAGAGGCGACAUUCUACUCAAGUGUUACCAUAGGCAUUAUUUUAGAGACUCGGACAUAUGUGACAGCCCCAGUCGAAGCAUAACACCUCAGAGUAGUGCUUUCAGCGACUGUCAACUGCCACAGAGGGAACUGAUAUUCGCCUGUCAGUUUCAUACCUGUGCUGUUGCUGACUACACGCUCAGUUUCACUCGACAGGAAUUGGACGCUGCAUGUAAUGACCUACGCUUCCCGCUGGACGGCGCAGUCGAGCUGCACUUCUCGCCAACCCCGGAGGGAGUGAGACAGCCGACACCCGCCCCCACCCCUGCCGUGCCCGUCGACCUCACCUGCGACCCCGUCACCCGCUGGGACAGCUACGAGAACCUUCUCCAAGACACUGACACCGAGGAUACCAAUGACGGGGAAGGCGUAUCGCACACGUACGGGCCGCUGGACGGCUCGCUCUACGCGACGGUCAGCAAGAAGCAGGCCGUAAUGAGCAGUGUGCACACAGUGUCAAUGGACUCGGGCAUCUCGAGUGCAGGCAAUGGGUUGUUACAUCACAAUCAGCAGUCGCAAUCAGCUGAUCACCACCGCGCCCUUGAUGAACUACUGAACGACAUGUUGUUGACUGUGGAGAACAUCCCCGAUCUGAAGCAGGUGGGUGGCCUUGAAGAGGAGGUCCCCCACCAGGAGGAUAUUCCCUACCACGCGCGCACAGACUCCCAACCCUUCACCUAUGGCAGUGUGCCCGCCAGUCUCACAAACGGAGUCAAUAGUGGCGGUAUCACCAACGGAGGAGCAGUCAAUAGUAAUAGUGGAGCAGGCAACAGCAGCAUGAUUGCUCUGUCCAGUCCCAGUUUGGUGCGCAAGGCCUCCUUCGGCAAGGGUAGCAGCAACAACCACCCCCUCCCCCAUUCACCCGCCACCAAUGGACACCGCAACUACCACCACAACACCCUCCCCACGGCCAGGUCGCCCGACUUCCAUGAGGGGCGAAGGACUUCACUUUCUGCUUCAGUCGUUCUCGUGGACUUGCCGUGUGUACAGGUUGCUUGUGAAAAUCGCGAAGUUGCAGAUUUUAUUUUCUGUUCGGUGUUUUUACAUAGGAUAAAGUGUUCAGUGUUCAGCAUUAUAGCCAGGUCGAUAGUGAGCGGCAGCAUGAGCCAUCACAGCAGCAACAACCUGACAUGGCUGCAGCGCCAGCAGGCGAAGCUGCGUGAGCGACGCGAGGUUGCGCUGCGAACGGAGCGACUGCCGACCGAGACGCGUCUCUUCUCCGAGCUGCGAUCGGUGCUGCGACCGACGCCCAGUCAGCGAUUCGACGCCGGCUACACCAGCGACACGACGCUCUUCGCCGACGAAGACGAGGAGGACUUCUCUGUCCCUCUGCACAUCAACACAAACGGCAAGUUCGCCGCCUCCAAGGCGACUAACGGAGGCGGCAGUUCUGCCCCCACCUCGCCCCUGCUGCCCCAUCGGACCUCGUCGCAGCGCCGUGGCCGCACGGAGCGCCCCUUCGUCGCCGUCAAGAGAGCUCACGAGCAGAGUCGAAAGUACAGUGAGAAUUCGAGCCCAGAAUCGUACGGUCUGGGACUACCCCUCUCACGGUCGUUGGGUCACGAUGCGGACGGACUGCUCUCGGUGUUCGAGAACGACCGAACAGCUGACGAUGACGAGAGCGUGACCUUGAACGGCGCCGCAAUGACCUUGAACGGAGAACGCAUGCGCCAGAGCGACUCGCUCAGCUGUUUGAUUGCUAACUUGGCAGUUUCUGCAGCGUCAGCAUCAGCGUCGGCCUCCACUACGGCACCGUCCUCUUGUUAUGGCACUAACUGCACUGCAUGGUCACCAUCUCACCUCACAACGCAGUCACGUGACGACAGCUACUCGUCAUGGCGAACGACGUCGACGUCGGGACGCAGCGAGGAGAGGGGCGGAGGUGCCGUUUCGCCGCCCCUGUCCAGCAGUCCCCGCCCCCAGACUCCCGCCUUCCCCGUGCACCCGCGCACCCCCUACGCCUCCACCCCCACUCAUCACUUCGACGGCCUCCCACCCAAAAGUCCUACCGCAUCUAGAAAGGAUUGGUCCCCGCUAGCAGAAACGUUACAGCGCGAGUUGUCAUCGACGAGUACGCUGAGAGGUGGCUACGACAGCUCGUCGGACCAACACAGCCCAAAGAGUCCGCUGUUCCACGCGAACGGCAGUCUGAGCAACGGCGGCGGUCAGUCGUCGCCCAGCGUCUACUAUGGCCACUCGCGACGCUCCUCUGUGCAUAGCAACAACGAGCCACCGCAUGAGGUCUCCCCGGCCCAUGUCAAGUUUGUGCGCGACACAUCCAAGUUCUGGUACAAGCCUACCAUAUCCAGGGAGGAAGCGAUAGCAAUGUUGCGCGACCGGCCAGCUGGCACAUUUGUGGUACGCGACUCGAACUCGUUCCCGGGCGCAUUCGGUCUGGCGCUCAAGGUGGCCUUGCCACCCCUCAACAGCGCGAAGAUGGCCGCCGACCCCUCCAGCGAGCUGGUGCGUCACUUCCUCAUCGAACCCACGUCGCGCGGCGUCCGGCUCAAGGGCUGUCCCAACGAGCCUGUUUUCAGCUCGCUUUCAGCGCUGGUGUACCAGCACUCGCUGAUGGCUCUCGCCCUCCCUUGCCAGCUGCUGCUGCCUGAGACAGAGUCCAGCCGUCUGCCCGCCGACUCGCCCACCAUCAGCACCGCCCAAAUGCUGCUUGCACAAGGAGCCGCGUGCAACGUUCUGUACCUGUUGACGGUGGAGACAGAAUCGCUGACGGGGCCGCAGGCGAUAGUGCGCGCUGUUGCCGAACUGUUCGGCGGUGCGACGUUGCCAACAGCAGCCGUCGUCCACUUCAAGGUCAGUGGCCAGGGCAUCACGCUCACCGACAACAAGCGUCAGCUGUUCUUCCGCCGCCAUUACCCCGUCACCACCAUCUCGUUCUGCGGCUUGGACCCUGACGACCACCACUGGAAUCAGCGCAGUGAACUCACCGGCAUGCCUGUCAGCUCAAACCGUGUGUUUGGAUUCGUGGCGCGCAAACCAGCGAGCAACACCGACAACCAGUGCCACAUUUUCGCCGAACUCGACCCCGAACAGCCGGCCACCGCCAUUGUCAACUUUGUCUCCAAAGUCAUGAUGAACAGUGUACAGGGUAAACACAACAUCGUCUGAACUGAAUACAACUUGCUCCAAACAAAGCCAUCUAUUUUUGUAGAAGAUAUUACAUUUGUCGCCCACCCAUAUUCUCACAAGAAUAAAUUGUGCUCAGUUAGUGACGGUGAUUGAUAGAUGAAAUACUGUACUCGAAUUAUUUAUCUAUUCAAUGAUAUUGAAUGAAAAAGACUAAGAAAUUGUCAAAAAACCACUGAUACAUACUCAUUGAAAUUGAAAUUAUCUUUAUUCUUCUUCUUUGAAAGUACAAACAAUAAGUUAUACAAUAUAUAUAAUACAAAACUUGCGAGGAAAAUCAUUAAAAUGAUUAGGGGAGGAACAGCAGGCACAUCUCAUAACUAUAAAUAUUAUUAUACAAUGCUUGAGUUGAUAAGUGAUUAUUAUCGAUCAAUUCAUUAUUAAAUCAGGAGUGUGAAUAGAAACAGCAGUGAAUAGCUCUCUAAUCAUGAUGUCCAGUAAUUCAAAUGAAAUAUUGGACAAUUUGUUUACAAUCUGAAACAAAAAUUAUUACUCUACUACUAUUUCAAACACUUAUUUUCCAACUAUUUCUAUUGAUAAUUCCGUUGCCAGUAGACGCCAAAUCUGAAAAAUCAGUGGAAAUAAAUUUGAUAGAACAAUUGUUGCAUCAAGGACAAUUGAAAUUCCAAUUAUUUCAUUGAAACUAAGGUCUUUGUUAAGUCUUUCUCCUCUACAAGUCUGUUCCAAGAAGAUAAUUGUGUCUAGUAUUCUUUAUGAAGUAUGUAUAUAUUUAUUUAUAUAAUUUUCUCACACUCAAAAUCGAAGGAGAAGAGAACAAUAAAAUUUACAGCCAAACCAUCUCCCUUACCAAAAUUUAAAAAUAGAUCCUGAAUCUGAAGACGUUCACAGUUCACUUCAUAUUGUUUUGCUAGAACAUCUUCUGCUAAGAGUAAAAGUAAUCAUAGUAAUGUCUCAACUUAAUUUCUCCAUCUCACUUUUAUAACAGUUUAUUUCAUACUCUCUAUCGCCGUCACUCUUCCAAUAGUUGCCUAAUUACAUCGUAGCAGCCUUCACUGUAAGGAAAAUUGUAUUAUCUUGCAUUACUUAUCAAAAGAAUAAUUCUAUGAUCCUAUACUUGAAUCAGCUCAUAGUAUUUCAAUGUACAUGUACGUUCCAAUUUACAUUUUUAGUUACAAUUUAACAAUGAUAUCCAUUUCAUUGAGGAGUUGAUUCUCAUUCGUUAACCAGAUUUUUGACGAAAUAAUAAUUAUGUAAAUAAAUCUCCUAGUCUGACUGUUCGACGGUUCUAAGAAAGAUUUGAAUAAAAAGGAUUGCUCAUUCCCGUAUAGUAUCACAAUUACUAAAUUCUAAACAUUAAUAAGCACACAAUCCCUGUAAAUUAGAAGUCAUACCGCUCAAAAUCUAUCACAUAACAAACAAUUUAAUUCAAAUGCCAAUGAUGUAGUCUAGUUUAUAACCACUAUAUUAUUGAUCCUCAACUCUUGAUCCAUACCGAGUACUGUGAUAGCAGAUACAGUACGUACACUAAAAAAUAAUUAGAUUGAAUAUUCAAACAGCAAUCAAAUGUAGGCCUACAUUUUUACUGUAUUUAUCAACUAAUACAAUGUAAUCAUGAGUUCAAAUUGUAUUAUUCCCUACUAAGUUAUUGGAGCAAUUUAAUUUGAAAAAUAUUCAGAAUCUAUAUUAAUUUAUAGAUUUUCUGUUCACGAUUAUUAUUUUACUUCAUAAUCGGCUUACUUUCAAUAAUACUCAAACCCUACCAUAAGUACAACGUUUUAGUCCUUGUAUAACUUUUGUUUAUAUUGUACAUAUAUCUAUUGUAAUGAUUUUAAUAAUAUUAAGAUUAAUUAAACAACUAUGUAUGGUACAUCACAGUAAUGACGCAGUCAUUUAAAAUUAUUUUAUUUUGUAAAUUGUUGUAACAUUGCCAAUGUAUUAUUACUCUAAAAAUAAAAGUCUAUUCUAAUUUAUUAGAGAACACGAAAUAUCUAAACAUAAAUAUUUUAUUAGAAUUUAUCUGAAUUGUUGUAAAUUUUGAACAGAUAGAUGAAGAUAAUUAUUAUUUAUAACUAUCUAAUCAUUGGAAUCCUAUACGUUUGUAACAUAUUAACAUAGAUUAGAAUAUGACUAUAUUAUUGUACCAAAAUAAAUGAAAUAUAUAUUAUAGUGACAUUAAA